CUAUAUAAAAGCCUGCAGAGACCGCUUUUCGGAUCACUGGACCGAUGACACACAGAGAGACAACAACACACACAACAGUCUGGGACCAAUUCCAAAGCUGAUGAGCCUGCAGACUGAGUGGAGCACCUGAUUCGUUGCUGACUGUUGCUCUGUCUCUCAGCAGUAUGGAUUGCACAUUUCCCAAUCUAACCAUUGUGACAGCUGGAAACUUAGCAGCUGUCCAGUUUGGACAGGACAACAUUCUCCUUGGAGAAGAACAACCAAAUAUUGAAAAUGUAGAAACAUCCAGGAUCGUUCCUUUACGGAGGAAAAUAUCAGAACACCACGUCACGGUGAUCAACUUGACUGGCUUACAUGAGACUGAACUUCACCUGGACCCUGCUAACGAUGUCAUUGGUCAACUUGUGCAUGAGAGCGAAAUCAACACUUUCAUCUUUGUAGUGCGACUGGGUCAAUUAACAGAUGCUGAUAAGAUGGGUCUUGAAUGGCUUCAGAGAGUAUUUGGUGAAGACGUUCUUCAGUUUGUGAUGAUUCUCUUCACCUAUGAAGCAGAAGAAGAGUGUGACACCAUAACAGAUGAUCUGAAGAAAAACCUUGUACUAGAGCAACUGCUGGAGAAAUGUGGAGGAAGAUAUCACACCUGUACCAAGAUCAUGAACAACCAAUAUGAGAUGAGAGAACUGAUGAAGAAGAUUGACCGUCUGUUUAUUGAGAAUAAACAGCAGCAUUACACUGGAGAGAUGUACAACACAGCAAGAGAGAGAGAAGGCCUGCAAAAUAAUGAAUGUGAAAGUGAUGAACCUACAAUCAAUAAGGACAUAAUGGAUCCCACCACAACAACAGAAAUAGAAGAAAAACACAGACGAACUGCUGAAGAGCAGACAACUGAAAGUGAGGGACCAUAUGAGCAUGUAGAAAAAGAAAAGCUUACAAGGUUAAAAGCACUCUUUCACAGACUUCACCUUGACAAGCAUGACUAUAAACUGACAGCCGCAGAUGUUCUUCAGUUAACUGCACAUUCGUUACAGUCCAAUGAGUCUUGUGCUGAAGAGGAGCUGAUUCAUACUUUCAUACACAAACUGCUGAUGAUGGACUAUAAAGCAAGAUGUAUUAAUGUUAAGACUGAUGAGGAAGGUCACAAUGAUUCAUUUAAACAAGAAGCCGAUUUUGAUGAUUUUUUUUCCGAAACAAUUUCAGACCACAAAACAAGUAAAACUGACCCUGUUCAUCCAAUGGAUGUUCAGAUGGCUGCGUUUCAUUGUGCUGAUGGUUUCCUGAAGCAGCUGAUGGUGACUAAACUGUCUCAGUGUCAGUACGCUCUUCCUCUCCUUGUUCCUGAUCCAUUUACACAAGAGAUUGAAGUUCCUCUCUGGACAUUCAGACAAAUCAACAAGAGCUGGAAAAUGAAGGAUGCUGACAAUGAGAUCAUCAGUCAAAUCCAGCCGGUCUUCAAAGCACAAACUCCAAUGGUGUCUUUCUUCAGGUUUGGCUCUGUAUCCUCAUCCAAGUCUCAGCUGAUGAACAGUCUGAUCAAUGAGAAACACAACACGUUCUUCCACAGGAAUUGUCCAGGCAGCAGCAGAACCAGAGUCCUGAUGGAUGGAGUGGUGGAGAUCACCUGGUUCUGUCCCUCUGGGAAAAACACUGAUAAAUUCAAUGACUGUGUUGCAUUCUGUAAUCUCCAUGGUGAUGCAGGAGACAAUGAGAAACAGCUACAGAUUCUCACUGAAAUGGCCUCAGUCAAUGUUGUUCUUCUACCACAACUUCAGAGGAAUGACAAAAGAAUGAUACAUGUUGAAAAACUCUAUAAAGACUCAAAACCACUCAUUUGUCUUUUUGCUGAGAGGGAUUCAGUUCUCACGGAGACACGGAAAGGAAAAUACAAAAUUGGUUUGAAAAACAGAAGCCAGUCAGAUAUAUCUGAAGAACUCAGAAGAGCUAUAAAUGAAUGUUUCUCAUUGUCAUCUUCCACUUUCAUUCUUGAAGAUGUGUCCAAACACUCAGACAUCAUAGUAGAUGAGAAAAAUGAUGACGACUGCAGGAAUGGAAAAGAAGCAGCGCAGCAGAUGAUGAGUUUGCUGGAGAAUAAAAACCUGGCUGAAAUCAAAGAAUCAGUUCUGCCCCAUCAGGGGAAACUGUGGCAUCAGUGGUGUCAGAAAAACAAAGAGCUACAUCGACCUCAAGCUAAUGAAUUAGACACAGAGCAGAGUAAAAAAAGAGACAUGACAAAAAUCCGUGAAGAACAGUAUGAGUAUGAUGUCAGUGAGUUUAUAAAGAUCUUCAUUAAAGAAACAAACUCAGGUUCUGCGAAAAAGAUGUUUUUCCUUAAAUGGCUUGGAAUCCUCCUGGAUGAAAAUACCUCAGCUGACCUCUCUGCUCUUUAUCACAAGUAUACUGAACAGUGGUCAGCAGUCUUAAAACUGAAAGAGAACAAUGAUAAAUCUGAACAGCUUAAGACUGAACAAACAAAACUUGAGGGAAUAUCUGAGAAACUUCAAGCUGCAGCCUUUGGCUUGGAACACAUCAUGAGGGAGAUUGGUCAGAUCUAUGAAUCAUGUACAUCUGUGCAGAAGAGCAAGGUAGGCCUGGAGUUUGAGAUCUCUUCUCUGCCGAGUAUUGCAGCAGAGAUGAUGAUCUCUGGAUUUCCAUUGGAGCUGAUGGAUGGAGAUGCUGGUCAUGUUCCUGUGAUCUGGAUUACUGCUGUUCUAGAUGAAGUUAUCAAGAAACUUGGAAACAUGAGAGUAUUUGUGCUGUCAGUUUUAGGGGUUCAGAGCUCUGGUAAAUCCACUAUGCUGAACGCCAUGUUUGGACUGCAGUUUGCGGUCAGCGCUGGCAGAACCACCAGAGGAGCUUUCAUGCAGCUGGUCAGAGUGUCAGACGAGAUGAAACCACAGCUGAACUUGGACUAUAUUCUGGUUGUAGAUACUGAGGGUCUUCGUAGUUCUGAGAUGGCUGUAAGAUUAACAAGACAUCAUGACAAUGAAAUGGCCACAUUUGUUGUUGGUCUUGCAAAUAUGACACUGAUCAACAUCUUUGGUGAAAACCCAGCUGAGAUGCAGGACAUUCUUCAGAUUGUUGUUCAGGCCUUCCUGAGGAUGAAGAAGGUCAGACUGAAUCCCAGAUGUGUGUUUGUGCAUCAGAAUGUUUCAGACAUCACAGCUGGAGAGAAAAACAUGGAGGGAAGGAGACGACUGCAGGAGACACUGGAUGAGAUGACAAAACUUGCUGCUAAAGAGGAAGUCUGUGAUGUUGAAUGUUUCAGUGAUGUCAUUGCAUUUGAUAUACAAAAGGAUGUGAAGUAUUUUGCUCAGCUCUGGGAGGGCAACCCACCCAUGGCACCAACAAACCCAAACUACUGUGAGAAUAUUCAAGAGCUGAAGGAAACUAUUAUGUCUCAUGCAUCUAAAUCAGACAGAAUGAAGCUGAUAGACUUACAAGAUCGCAUUCAAGAGCUUUGGGAGGCAUUGCUGGAUGAACGAUUUGUGUUCAGCUUUCAGAAUUCUCUGGAGAUUGCAGCAUACAGGAAACUGGAGACAGAAUACAACCAGUGGUCCUGGACGCUUCGGAGUGCCAUGCUGGAAAUUGAGUACAAACUACACAACAAAAUAGAAAAUGAAGAAGUUGAUGAGGUCAAGGAAAGUGAUCUUAAAGUAGAACUAAAAGAGAAAAGUGAAGGAGUAAAAAGCUCAAUGUCAGAAUUCUUUGAGAAAGACAGAGAUGCUGGAAUACUGAUUCAAUGGAAAAAUAAUUUUGAGAUAAAGAUCCAAGAGCUUCAAGAAUCCAUCAUAAGAGAAACAAAUAGGAAAUUAAAUGGGAUGCUUCAGCAGCGAGACUUGAAGAAGAAGAUUGAUUCUCAGAGGACACAUCAUGAAAACACUCUCUUUGAAAAGAGCAAAGAACUUGCCUUAAAACUCAAAGACCAAGCAAAAGAUGAAGAAACACUGAAGAACGAGUUUGAUUUGUUUUGGAAAGAGUGUGUGAAGAAGAUCAUCACAGACACUCCAAUCAAAGAAAUUGACAUACUGAGAGAAGUGAAACUACUCCUCAGUGACAUCUAUAAAAGUGCUCCUGUAGACCCCUGGAGGGAGAGGAGUGAGUGCAGGGAUGUUUUUUCUGUAACAAGUUAUUCAGAUUAUGUACAAUUAAAGAAAUCCAGUGGAAUUUUAAAAACAGCCAUCAAUGCAGCUAAAGAGAAGUUUGGUAAGACUCUUUCUAAAGAGGACGAAAUUCAAAUAACAAUCUUUGUCACAGAUGUUGACCAGCAAAUAGACAAAAGGAUCAUGUCAUUUAACAUUGCAAAAAUGGGCUUCAAUGUCAGCUGCAUUCAACAACUAAUAGAUUAUAUCAAGGCAAGAGUAAGACAACAUGAGGAAGGGUCAGUGAACUAUGUGUUCAAGAAUGAAUUCUCCAUCGACUUGAUUUGCUCCAUCUUUAAGAGAGCAAACAAAACAUUCACUCAGCAACACAGACUGUUUAGAGAAGCCAAUGACCCUGUCCUCUUUUUGGAGAAGAAGAAAGAAGAGUAUUACAGUAUUUUCCAGAAACACCUUCAAGGAGCUGCAUCAUCUGUCAUUUUUGGUGAGAUCUUGUGUCAGAAACUUAAAGAGCGUAUUGAGCAGAGUGUCUACACAAAGUCUGCAAGAGAUUUGAUAGAUGAUAUUAGACUAAACCGUAUAUCAUUGAAUGGAAGCAGAAUAAAUCUGGAGAAACACCUCCUGAAGUUUCUGGCAGAAAAGGAGAAUUUUUCUGCAUACAUGGACUACAUUAAUUAUCCCAGAGAGCACUUUGAGAAUUUCAUCAGAGAUGAAGUAAGUCAGUACAUGACUGAUCAUUUCAGUCACAGUGUUUUGCCCAAGAUGCAGAACAACAGUGAACUCCUCCAGAAGAAGAUCAUGGAAGCAGUACGUGAAUCUACUGAACAUGUUCAAACAAACAGUGGAAAUGUUGAUUUGUGGUUGAAGACUUUCACGCAGCAGCUCUCAGAUGUGCUGAUAUUCUCUAAAAAAGACCUCAUUGGAGUCAAACAUGAUGAUGUUGAUGAUUUCAACCUUCUCAAAGAAGUGUUAACAACAAAACUUCCUGCUCUAAUGCCUGACACGAGCAAAGAGUUCAACACAGAUACAUUUUAUGAAAAACUGGACCUCAAGGACAGACCAGAUGAGAUUCUGAUUGACCAGUUCUGUCAGUGCUGUUGGGAUCAGUGUCCGUUCUGUAAAGCCACCUGCACCCAAACUGAAAACCAUGAUGGAGAUCACAGGGUUCUUUCACACAGAAUAACUGGAAUCAAUGGGCACUAUUACGAUGAAACUAAUAAUCUGUGUAAAGAUUUUUGCUUUGAAGCAGUGGCAAGUAAUAAAAGUUUUAAAUCAUCAGGUAAGUGGAUACCAUAUAAAGAAUUCAGAAUAGCCAGAGAAGUUCAUGAUGAACGGCUUUGGAGGCAGGUAUUAUUAAGUCCUUGUCCUAUUUGGGUGUACUGGAGGUGGUUUGUCCGCAGAUUCCAAAAAGAUCUGGAAAAUUACUACGAGAAAUCCUUUGUGGAGUGGGAUUGGUUCCCAGUAAUUCUGAAAUUCCCCUCAAAAAAUCAGGCAAUUUAUAGUUUACGCUUACAUUGACCUUUUGGAUAUAUUUAUUUAUUAGAAACACCCUGCUUUAUUUUUUCAAAACAUCCUAGAAACAACAGGGUAUAGAAUAGUAUUGCUUAUACCACUUUUCUUUUAUGUUUUCUUCUCACACUGUUGAUUAAUGUUGCUCAUCCAAAUGGUGUGGUUAUAAAGAUAGUUUUGAGAUGAGGGAAUGACGCUGUGAUCGUGGACGUGAUCCAAGAUGGUGGCAUCACUGCUGUAAACAUCUGAACAAUCAAACAUAAAUACAUAAUUACAUACAAGACAAACUUUUCUUCACCUCCUCAUCUCUUUUAUUAUUAAACAAAACACAAUGGACUCACAGCAACUGUGGAGAGCAUCGAAGACGGAUUCUCUCCAUGAUUCUUAGACUUUUAUGGACACAACAUCAUGUCCCAGCCACAGAAAAAACACCAGCGUCGGAAGGAUUCUGCAGAAACAGAAGAAAGCACCACAACAGUAGAUGUUAGCUUACCGGAAUCUAUCAACAAUAAACUGGCUAAUCUCGAACUGUUACAUCAAGACUUUAAGGAAUUCGAAGUCAAGUCUCGAAUUUAGCCAGUCUUAAACAGAAACGUUUCAAACCCAAAACAAUGAUCUACAAACAAAGAUAUCGGCUCUAACAACACAAAUCAAUAAUCUCACCUCUGAGAAUAUCCAAAUGAAAGUAACCAUCCUAGACCUCCAAUGCCAAAGUAUGCGAGACAACUUAAUUCUCUCAGGGGUACCUGAAACAACACAAGAAAACCCAGAAUUUUUGCACUCCUCUCUGAAACUACCCAUGACAACCAUCAACACAAUUACUUUCCACUGCGUACACCAGAUCGGCCAAAAAAAAAAAAACAGAAUUCAAACGACCCUGCCCAAUAGUACCAAAAUUUGAACAUUACAAAGAUAAAGAACUAGUGAAAAGCCAAAGAAGAGAACUACGAGGUAUCCAAUUUGGGAUGAAUGACCAGUUUCCUCGAGAAAUACAUAAACGAUGAAAAAGACUAAUCCCAAUAAUGAAGCAACAGCGGAACAAAG